CUUUCCAUAAAGAAAUUUCAUUCUUUGGCUGAAAGUAAAAACAUUCACCAAGAGAAACACAUUGCUGUAUUCGCACUAUGGUACAUAUUUAUUAUUUUUGCUUACGAUCAAUUGCUCAUACGUGUAUGUGAAGAGGUAUGCGUCAGAAGGCCACCAAAUAUCUCAAUGAUCCAAACUGUUUUCCAUUAUACAGCGUUGGUAUACCAUAUAUACAGAGUAUAACCACUUUGAACGCAUAUUUUUCCCCAACAUUGUAAAUAAUUUAAGUGUAUUAGAAUUUAUUACUUCGGGGAAAUAUUAUUUACGAUCAAGACUUCAAGUUAGUUUGUAAGAGUGCCAAGCAGUAAGAGGUUUGAAACUUCGGGUAAAUUUUGCUCACACCACUGAAUGCAAAAUUGAAAACAUCAUGACUUUUAAAAAGCAGAUAAUUUUAAUAAUAUGCUGCAGCGCUUUUUUCUCGGAUAAGUGUAUCGUAAACACAUGGCUUGAUCUGAGCGAAACUGGUAUAUUACCAAAAGAAAAGGAAUGCGGCAAGGUGGAUCUAUCGAAUCGUAUAUUAGGUGGAUCUGAAACACGUAUUGAUGAAUUUCCUUGGACAGCACUACUUGUAUACUUCAAUAGAAGCAACGGCGACCUAGGAUCCGUUUGCGCCGGUACGCUUAUUAACUCAUUCCAUGUGAUCACAGCAGCACAGUGUGUUGACAAAGAAAUGAUUUACAAAAACGGUAUAAAUCUGACGUCUGUACGUUUGGGCGAAUGGAAUGUUGCCACCGAAAGGGAUUGUGAGCAGGACAUCCGAGGCGUAGAGUUCUGCGCACCACCUGUACAAGAUAUAAGAAUCGAUGAAGUUAUAAUUAAUGCAGACUUUGACAGAAAAAAAAUGUUACAUGACAUAGCUUUAGUACGUUUGGUGCAAAAAGUCACAUAUACAGACUUUAUUAGUCCCAUCUGCCUACCAACAUGGGACUCUCAAGUAUAUCUGGGCUUUGCCGAUACCACAGCCGAAAUCGCUGGAUGGGGGGAAACGAAAAAGGAAACAUAUAGCAUUAAGAAAUUGAAAGCCACAGUGAAUAUACACAGUCUGCAUGAAUGCACAAGCAAUAUUACACAUGAUGAUAUAGGUUUCGGGCAUACCUAUGAUCCGUAUCGACAAUCAUGUGCCGUUGGCGACGGUAAAAUUGCCUGUAAAAUCGAUACAGGUGGCCCGCUUAUGAUUAUGGAUAAACCUGCUGGUUGGACUUCCUAUUAUUUGAUUGGCAUAUUUUCUAGUGUGGAGCAGUCUUGUACAGAGAGGAAGCCACCAGCUAUUUAUACGCGUAUUCGCCUAUACAUGCCCUGGAUAAGAAAGAUAUUGGAUAGAUAAAUAGUUUGGUAGUUAUACUCAUAUACAUAUGUAAUUUGCAUUGGUAAAGAAAACCAGAUGUUUUUACAACAAAAACAAACUUUUUCAAUGUUAGUCGUACCUUAAAAGAGUAUCAGAGGACAUAUGAGAGAGUAGAGUUUUAUUAAAAACUUAACAGCUAUUGUUAUAGGUUAACCAUACUGAGUGGAAUCGUGGAAUAAGGCUUGAAGAGACGAAUAUAGGCAAAAGAGCGAGAUAACAAUUUUCAGUGAACUACUCCAAUACUGGGUUUCCCAUAAGAAGGCGAGAGAUUGCUACACCAUAAUUUUAAAAUGGUCUGCUAAGCGCCAUCUAAAGGAGUAAAAAGUCGAGUGAUUUUCGAUAUGAAUCACAAUCAUCUCACGCAAAAAUAUUUGUUCUUAUGGUAAGCCAUUACAUUUGCCAACCUCCUGCCUUUCGAAAAAUUAAAUUUUUUUUGUUAAAAAAGCUAGCUUUGUCAAGGUCAGAUUACUCAAAACUACUGGCAGGUUUCGCUCUCGAGUUUUAUAAAACGUUGAUAGUAGCUAGUACCGGUAGGAUAGUUCUACGUUUGAAAGGACAGUUUGAGAUCUUGACGUUUUAGUGAUCUAAAAAACGGGUUUAAAGUCGUUAGUUCCGCUGCGAAUUAGAAAGGAGAAUGGUUAGAGAACAGUUUAAUUUGUAUAGAGAAAUCGUUUGCUUUAGAGUUAAUCUGAGAAAUAUAUGCUUGUAAAAGCGGCUCUCAACAAUGAAAUCUUACCCAAAUCAUUGCAGCGCAUUUGUUUCUUAAUGAACAUUUCUAAAUUGAACGUGAAUUCUGAUGCAACAAAAUGUAUAAAAUUGGAUACAGUGAGAUUUUAACCACAUACAUAGAUAUACAAUAUAUCUAUAUAUACAAAAAUUGUAUAUAAGCAUGAAAAAAUAGGAAUUCCUAAGUUGUAAUAG